AUGGCGGACCCCUCGAGAUCCCCUCCGUCACAACGGAACCGAGCGCCCCCGCCUUCGUCAAUACCUUUGGACGGCCUUGACGGACCACCCGGCGAAUAUGGGAGAGGCAGGUCCACUUCCGGCGCUGGAGGAGCGCAGGCACAAUCUCAACCACAACGGUACGAGAGGCUAUCGCCAACCACGGCCCAGAUGGCCGCAACACUGCCCAGCAUCACGACGUACUGGGACAACCCAUACCAGCAGCAGGAGCAACAGCAACAAGGACUACUGCAGCAGCCACAGCAGCAAUCGAGGCAGGCAGGGCUGCAGAUUAAUACUGAGUCUCCCUUAGACCCCACGGCAUUCCAGUAUGCCCUCCCACCGGACUUCUCGAACGAGCAGCUGUCGCCGCGCCCGCUCUCAGAGAUUGGUUCCACUCCGAACGCAGCCUACGAGGCACCAUCCUAUUUCCUCGAGCACAACCCUCAAGAGUCGGACCGAGUGCCUCUCACGCAGACUGCCCAGCCAAUCGAUGGUCUUAGUGUUGCCGGCGAUUCACAGCCACGGGAUAGCUUCCAGACUGUACGGGAUCUUGAUACUGGCCCGAGCCAGGUGCGCAAUGAGGAUAGGCUCGGCUAUGACUUGGAGUCUGGCAUCGGCUCCCUGAAGCACAAAAGCUAUGGGAAGAACCUGACGCCAGAUGCGAACCGGCGGUCCCGGUCACCCUCGACAUCAGGCGCAUUGCUAAAGGCUGGCUCCAUCAUGCGAGCCAUGUCCCAACGUGUCGUGAAUAUCAGUGGUGACGAGGUCCUCGAGAACCAGAAACGCCGUGAUCGAUCCCGUUCACCAAGCCGAGAUGGUCCGCGCGAGUCUAUGCCCCAGGUACCCGAGAUCGAUACUGCGUAUCAUUCGCAACUCUAUGGACAUCAGAGCCCUAUCGAGAAGAAGGGGCAGGCCGAAUAUAUUUUUCCGUCCGAUCCCGGCCCUCUAUCCCCCGUGCCCUCGAUACAUGGCCGUAUGGCCAAUCCUUUGAAAGGGAAAACUUUGGGCAUUUUUUCUCCUGACAAUCCAAUACGAAUGCGACUCUGCGAUGUUCUGGUACAGCCGUGGACGGAGCCUCUGCUCCUGAUCUUAAUCGUGCUCCAACUGAUCCUCUUGUGCGUGGAAGCCGCACCAAACGUCUUCGAUGACGGCGAAGGCAGACCAGACAGAUGGGGUAGCACCUCGAUCGAUUGGGCCAUAUUCUGCUUAUUCGUCAUUUUCUCCAUAGAGAUCAUUGCCAGGAUUAUCGUCUCCGGAUUCGUGCUGAAUGCUGAAGAGUAUAGCACUAUUGACCGUAAACGCGGUGUAAAGGCGGCUGUCGUUGAUAAAUAUCGGACCGUCUUUCAACCUCAGAGACAAAAGUCAGUCAGAAAACCACCACAAGACUAUGGGCCCUCAACGUUCCAACGCUCAGUCACCUUCCUUCAUGGUCAUUCACUCCCUCAGACGAUAGAGGAGCAACAGAGGUAUCAGCUGGCCCGAAGAGCCUUCUUGCGGCAUGGUUUCAAUCGGCUCGACUUUGUUGCCGUGGUGUCAUUCUGGAUAUCAUUUGUGAUCGGAAUAACGGGCGCCGAGAAAGAACACCACCUCUACGUGUUCAGGAUGCUCAGCUGUCUCCGUAUUGUGAGACUGUUGGCGCUGACCAAGGGUAAUGCCGUUAUUCUGCGAAGUCUGAAAAGAGCAGCACCCUUGCUGCUGCGAGUCUCGUUCCUGAUCGGCUUCUUCUGGUUGGUCUUUGCCAUUAUUGGCGUGCAAAGCUUCCAGGGCAGUCUGAGCCGACAGUGUGUAUGGAUUGACCCCCAGGACCCGCUGAAUCUCACUGCGGCAUUCGUGGACGAUUUUCAAUUCUGUGGUGGCUACAAGAACUCCUCUACUGGCGAUGACAUGCCAUGGGUCAUCGCCGACCCGCCUGACGACUUGAGUAACCUCAGAUCCGGCACAGGUAACGCUAAGGGUUACAUCUGCCCCAGAGGUUCACUCUGUAUCCAGCAAGGCAACCCAUAUAACAACACCAUGCAAUUCGACGACAUUCUACACUCACUGGAGAUGGUUUUUGUCGUCAUGAGUGCAAACACAUUCUCCGACCUGAUGUAUUACACGAUCGAUUCGGAUUAUACACCUGCGGCGCUCUUCUUUGGUGCUGGAAUCAUGAUAAUGUUGCUAUGGCUGGUCAACUUGCUGAUUGCUGUCAUCACAUCAUCAUUCCAAGUCAUCCGCGAAGAGAGCAGGGCCAGCGCCUUUACGGAUACGGAGGACAAGAUCGCAGACGCCCCUCCUGAGGAGCCACCAAAGCGGCUGUCCUCCCUGCAGCGGAUGUACAACAAGUCGAAAUCGUUUUGGGUCCUGUGCAUCGCUUUUGACUUGCUUGCCCAGGCGUGGAAGAGCGCCUCGAUGUCGGACGACCGCAGGGAGUUCAUCGACAACGUUGAAGUGAUAGUGACGCUUCUACUCGACAUUGAAAUCAUCAUAAGAAUCGUGGCGGACUUCAGAGGCUUUCGUCACAGCAAGCGAAAUCUUGUGGACCUGGGGCUUGCCGUCGUCACAUCCGUCAUCAUACUGCCUCCCGUUCACUCGGCGGAUGUAGUUUACGCAUGGUUGACGUUGUUCCAGAUAUUGAGGGUAUACCGCGUUGUUCUCGCGGUGCCGAUGACCAGAGACCUCAUUGUGCUGGUGCUGGGCGAUGCUACGGGUAUCAGCAACCUGAUGCUGUUCGUCUACCUGAUGACACUUCUCAUGGCAAUCUUCGCCUCACAGCUGUUUCGGGGGGAGAUACCCCUUGAGGACAGCGGCGGUGAUCACAUCGAAAUGAACUUUGCAACCAUAUGGAAUUCAUUCCAGGCCAUGUACCAAAUCCUUUCCAGCGAGAAUUGGACGACUGUUUUGUACACCGUCACCACCUACACCGUCGGCUGGCAUACUGCAUGGAUUGGGGCCAUGUUCCUGGUCGGGUGGUUUAUUUUGGCCUUCUUCAUUCUCAUCAAUAUGUUCAUUGCUGUCAUCCAAGAAAAUUUCGACGUCGGCGAGGAUGUGAAGCGACUUGAGCAAGUCCGAGCAUUCUUGCAGAGAAAAGAACUCGGAGGCAGUUCGAGCAACCUCGCCCUUUCAACUAUCUUUUCUCUCGGCAAGACUAGGAAGAAGAAGGAUCCCCUGGAUUAUGGCCCAGCCACAAUGGAAAUGUUGCUGAAAGAAGCUGUUGUGCGGGACUUCCUCGACGACGCUGUUGAAACGGUGCAGGAGACACCUGGCAGCGGCAGCCAGUCACCACCACAAGCGGCCAACGGAACAAGCGGUAAUGUGAAGCCUGGUUUCAUGUCCAUGAUGUGGGGCAAAGUGGUUACGUUGUUCAGCAGCAAGGAUCCAAAUCCGUUCUACUCAAAUCUCGCCUUCGAAAACCGGAGCGAGACCCAGGACCCACGGCAAAUGGCUCGUCAAGCUGUCUCUGCCACCGCUGAGCGACGUAAGGCGCAACGCGCUUACCUGGCACGACACCCAACCUACAACAACUCCCUGUUCAUAUUCACACCUCGAAACCCAAUCCGGCGCCUCUGUCAGCGAAUCGUUGGCCCCGGCCGAGGGACUGAGCGAUUCGAUGGUGUCGAGCCUCAUAAGAUUGCAUGGUACUCAUUUUCGGCUUUCAUCUAUGCCGCUAUUGUCGCCAUGGUGAUCUUGGCCUGCGUCACCACGCCCUUGUACCAGAAGGAAUACUUCGAAGAACAUGAAUUCAGCGUCGAGAAUUGGUUUGUCUGGACUGACAUGGCCUUCGCUACUCUGUUCAGCGCAGAAGCUCUCAUCAAGGUCAUCGCGGAUGGUUUCUUCUGGACCCCAAACGCGUACUUCCGCAGUUCUUGGGGGAUCAUCGACGCUGUGGUCCUGAUCACUCUCUGGAUCAAUGUCAUCACGCUCUUCACCAAUGAUGGAGCCGUGUCCCGAGCUGUUGGUGCCUUCAAGGCACUGAGAGCUCUGAGACUGCUCAACGUCAGCGACAGCGCUCGGGAUACAUUCCACUCGUUGAUUGUGAUCGGAUGGUGGAAAAUCGCCAGCGCGGCCUUCGUGUCACUCUCACUGAUCAUCCCAUUCGCCAUCUAUGGAACCAACCUGUUCAUGGGCAAAUUCGUCACUUGCAACGACGACAACGCGGGCGAGUUCAUUCACGAUUGUUUUGGUGAAUUCAACAGCAGUCCGUACAACUGGGAUGUGCUGGCUCCUCGAGUCGCCGACAAUCCCUUCUUCAGCUUUGACGACUUCGGCUCCUCUCUGUUCAUUCUCUUCCAGAUUGUGAGUCAAGAGGGAUGGAUCGAUGUCUCGUUUGGCGCGCAAUCCAUUGUAGGGAUUGGCAGGCAACCAGUCUUUGGAGCCGCGCAGGGCAACGCCAUCUUCUUCAUCAUCUACAACCUCUUGGGCACAGUCUUCGUGCUUACGCUGUUCAUCUCCGUCUUCAUGCGAAACUACACAGAACAGACUGGCGUGGCAUACCUGACAACAGAGCAACGGUCGUGGCUCGAGUUGCGCAAACGUCUCCGCCAAAUCUCUCCUUCCAAGACGUCUUAUGAUGACUCUAAGCAGAAGUGGAAGAAAUGGUGUCACAAGCGCGCAAUUGAGAAAAAGGGCAAGUGGUACACUACCAUUACGAUCGUGCUCGGUCUUCACCUGCUGCUGCUGCUGCUUGAAUACUAUCGAGAGCCCCAAUGGUGGACCAACACAAGAGACGCGAUAUUCUUCUUGUUCACGCUGGUCUACAUGGCAAACACCGCCAUCCGUAUCGUUGGACUAGGCUGGCCACGCUUCCGGAAGAGUUCUUGGGACAUGUACUCGCUAGUCGUCGUCAUCGGCGCGUUUGCGACCACCAUUCUCUUCCUUAUUUCACCCGGGAAGGACACGUUCAUACAGUUGCACAAGUUCUUCCUUGUAGCCAUUGUAUUCCUCCUCAUCCCGCGUAACGACGCUUUGGAUCAGCUCUUUAAGACGGCAGCAGCAAGUCUGACAACCAUCGGCAAUCUAUUGGCAACCUGGCUUGUCUUCUUCUUGGUCUUCGCAAUCGCCCUGACGCAGACCUUCAGCUUGACGCGAUUCGGUGGCGAGGAGACCACACAAGUCAAUUUCCGAACGGUGCCGAACGCGCUCAUUCUCCUGUUCCGCAUGUCUGUCGGCGAGGGCUGGAACGAGAUCAUGGAAGAUUUUGCCGGGAUUGAGCCGCCUCUGUGCGUCGAGAGCGACAACUUUUAUCAAAGCGACUGUGGCAGUAGUUCGUGGGCCAGGGUGUUGUUCAUAUUGUGGAACAUUCUCAGCAUGUACAUCUUCGUCAACUUGUUCGUGUCGCUCAUCUACGAGAGUUUCUCGUACGUGUACCAGCGUUCCAGUGGCCUGUCUGCCGUCGAUCGGGACGAGAUUCGCCGCUUCAAGGAGGCCUGGAGGUCGGUUGACCCUCACGGCACAGGGUAUAUCAGCAAGGAAGCUUUCCCUCGCCUGCUAGGAGAGCUGUCAGGCGUGUUCCAGAUGCGCAUCUACGACCAUGAGGACUCUGUUGGGCAGAUUCUUGAUGACGUAGGGAAUGAGGCACCGGGGUCCCGCCACCAAUCGAUCUCGUCGACAAGCGCAUUCGGUUCUGCCAAUCUCCAGAAACUGAACAGCAGGCUGAACCAGAUUGACGUCGCUGCGGUACGAGAGAGGCGCAGGAGGUACAAUAUUUUCUACGAAGAGGUCAUGGUCUCAGCGGAUCCGGACAAGGGCGUCUCUUUCACAACAGUGCUCAUGAUAUUGGCUCACUACAACAUUAUCAACGAUAGCAAGAGUCUUCGUCUCGAGGAAUUCUUGCGUCGCCGGGCACGUCUUCAACGUGUUGAGGAAGAAGUCCGUCGUCGUGUGGUCGUCGGCUUUUUUGACACGAUGUACUACGCACGACAGUUCAAGCGGCACAUGGAUCGCAAGAGGUCCGCACGUAUGACGGCGGUACCUCAGCUGGACCUGCCGGACAUCCUCGUGGACGACGAAGAACAACGAGCAAAGAGGACGACGUCCUCAUCAGCACGACUACAGAACCCUUACGGGCAGCAAAGCCCGUCGACACCGGGCUCAACAGGCCUACGCUCGCCCAUGUCGGGUGGUGCAUUCUUGAGCCCUAACGAGGCCCGGAACAGCGGCGGCGCCAGUCACCAGAAGACAUUUUCGGGCAUGAGCGCCGACCUCACACUACAGACCAACUUCGAAGGCACCGGUGCGCACCCGCUGAGCAUGCCCCGGGCCGGGGAGGCCAGCUCGGCCAGGAGCGACGCGCACCAGUCCACACACUCGGCCUUCAGCUUCGAGCUCCAGCCGGGCUCGGCCAACAGCUCAGCAGCUAACAGCAGGCGCAACAGCAGGAGCAAUAGCGCCGUGAGCCCGAUCCAAAUGAGCCAGAUCCUUGACGAUUCCAUCUGGAUGGCGAGUAUUAGGCGGAGCGCCACCAUGAAGAGGAAGCCAGGGUGGUAA